UCAGAGUACGGGUAGGAAAACAACAACAGGCUGCAGGAGCGGAGGACAGACGAGGGGCCUUUCUGCACUGCGCCGUCUCACAUUCAUCCAAAGUUUUUUAUUUUUCCGUAAUAAAUUAGGUAACUAAGUAUCUAAACGAGAUGGCGCUGCGUUCGUGCCGCUGGUUUGUGUGUUUCUGUGGGUUGUUUUUGCUAUCGAGUGGAGUUCGGGGUGACGGUUUGGUUAACGAGGAGGUGAAGCGGACGCUGGAUCUCAGCACACACCUGGCAAAAAUAUCCGCCGAAAUCCUGCUGGCCAACCACGGAGGCUCUGCAGUGCAGAGCUUCACUCUCGCCCUGGAGCCUGAGCUCGCCGCACACCUUGCCUACAUCGGCGCGUCUGUAAAAGGUGAAGAGGAGGACGAUGAAGCUUUAGAAUUAAAGGAGACAUCCAUCAAAGGACAGAGUGGGACGUUCUUCCAGGCACACCUUCCCUCAGCCCUGGGAGCUGGUGCAAAGCUGCGUGUGAAGGUUGAGACCGUGUUUAGCCAUGUCCUUACGCCUUUUCCCACUCGCAUCACUCAAGCUGAACGGCAGCUGGUGGUGUUCCAGGGCAAUCACUACCUGUUCUCGCCCUACCCCACCCGUAGCCAGACCACUCGCGUGCGCCUUGCCUCCAAAACUGUUGAGAGCUACACCAAGCUGGGCAACCCGAGCAAGAACGAAGAGGUGAUUGAGUACGGCCCUUUCAAGGAUGUCCCUCCUUUCAGUCAGGACACCAUGAAGAUUCACUAUGAGAAUAACUCACCGUUCCUGACCAUCAGCAGCAUCACACGCACCAUCGAGGUUUCCCACUGGGGCAACAUUGCUGUGGAGGAAACCAUCGACCUUAGACACACGGGGGCUUACCUUAAGGGGCCGUUCUCUCGCUACGACUAUCAGAGGCAGUCUGACAGUGGCAUCUCUUCCAUCAGAUCCUUCAAGACAAUCCUCCCUGCUUCUGCUCAAGAUGUCUACUACCGUGACGAGAUCGGGAACAUCUCCACAUCUCACUUGCAGGUCCUGGAAGAUUCCGUUGAAGUCGAAGUCCGCCCCCGCUUUCCCCUGUUCGGCGGGUGGAAGACACACUACAUCAUCGGAUACAAUCUGCCCAGCUACGAGUAUCUCUACACACUGGGUGAUCAGUAUGCUUUGAAAAUGCGGCUAGUUGAUCACGUGUAUGAUGAUCAGGUUAUUGACCAACUUACUGUCAAACUGAUUCUCCCCGAGGGGGCAAGGAACAUAAAUUUGGAGACUCCGUACUCCAUCAAACGAAGCCCUGAUCAGCUUCACUACACCUACCUGGACACUUUUGGCAGGCCUGUUCUGGUGGCAACUAAGGAGAAUCUGGUGGAGCAGCACAUUCAGGACAUGGUGGUUCACUACAACUUCAAUAAGAUCCUGAUGCUGCAGGAGCCGUUACUGGUGGUCGGUGCAUUCUACAUCUUAUUCUUCACGGUCAUCGUUUAUGUUCGUCUGGAUUUCUCCAUCACUAAGGACCCUGCAGCAGAGGUGCGAAUGAAGGUGGCCUCCAUCACAGAGCAGGUCCUGACUCUGGUCAAUAAGAGGCUCGGGCUGUACAGACACAUGGACGACGUGGUGAACCGCUACAAGCAGUCACGUGACACCGGCGCCCUUAACGCGGGGCGUAAGAACUUGGAGGCUGAGCAUCGUGGCCUCACUAACGACGUCACAGGCCUGCAGGCUCGCCUUAAAGCUGAAGGAUCUGACCUUGCUGAUAAGGUUUCGGAGAUCCAGAAGCUGGACGGCCAAGUGAAAGACUUGGUAAUGCAGGCCUGUCAGGAGUCUGAGCGUCUCGUAACCGGGAAGGUGAAGAAGGAGGCGUAUAUUGCUUCAGAGAAAUCUCUUACCAGCAAGAGACAGGAGCUGAUCUCACGCAUCGACGGCCUCCUCGACGCACUCUAAAGCACCCAACACACACCAGUGCCGUUAAGAGCUGAAAUACACCCCAACCCCUCUCAUCCACACACUUUUUGUCACGUUUAUCGACGUGAGCACUAUCCACCACCUUAAAGUGUGUGUUGUGCCUUUUUCAUCCUGUGGGCUAUGUGCGAUGGGAGUGUACGUACACAGAUUUACUCAUCCCUCAAGAUUUCCUUUGUUUGUUUCUGAUCACCAGGGAAAUGCCUCAACAUGGGUCGUGGGUUUUAUAUGCAGUUUUGUCAAUUUCAUGUCCUUUUUUUUUUUUUUUUUUUUCCCCAUCUGAUUGGAUCAUUUUAAGCAAGGGCAGAAUGAACCGUUUCAGCUACCUCACCACCUGCUGAAACUUUUUUUUCCUUCUGCGUUCUUGACACUUAAAUUCUACUUUGCUAUGUUUUUUUGCUCUGCCCUGAAACAAAUGCAAAAAUGUCCAAGCUCUGAACACGAUGGAUGGCAUGUUAUUGAAAAUUUCUCCCCCUUUAUUUUGUUGGCAUUUUUUCUGUUUGUUUAAUUUUUCAUUUUUGUAAAUGAUGUGCUUUCAUACCAUGAAUUUAGUUGGCAAACACAAGAGAUGUGUGUUUGGGGGGGAUGAAGGAAAUGCCGAAUGUUAAAUUCCUUAAGUGUCAAAAUUUGAAAAGUGAAAAUAAACACAUUGUUAUAAAUUA